AUGACGGCAGCUAUUCCAAAUUUACAGAGUUUGACUCUAGAUAACAACUUCUCCCAAUCCUCAUUUCAAAAUGUCUCUAGAGAAGAUGUUCAAGCCAAUGGAUACAGACCUUCUGUUUUCGAAUCAAAGGAUGAUCAAAUUUCUAAAGUUAUGGACCUAUUAGAUUCGUAUUCUCUCAUUCCGGAAAACUUGAUUGAAUCUGAAACGAGUUUUUUCUAUAAUGAUUUGGGAAUUGAUGAUACAUAUUUUGCAUCGGAAUCUGUUGAAAAUAUAGCAUCCAAUAUUUUGGCACUUUAUGCUGCUAAAAUCAAUGCUACAGUCAAUUCAAAUUUAAAUAAUGAUAUUCAUUUUAAAAAAAUAACUGACAAUCAUGCAGUUUAUUUUGAAACUGGUUCUGUAUCUAAUUUUGAAAAGGAAAUCGAUGAUGAAUUUUUAGAUGUUGCUGAUAAAUCAUAUAGAUUAGAAUCCUUUACAUCCAAUUUACCCAAUGGUGAAAUGAUUAGAUGUCAUUUUGUUUAUAAGUCGAUUUUCUCAAAUGAGGAGAAUCAAUUGGUUAAUUCAAGUUCAAGCAAAGAAAUUGACUUAAUAUCUGAUGAUACUUUCCAAAAAAUUGCAACUAAUUAUACGAAAACCUUAUAUUCUGAAAUUUUGGAAGAAUCAAAAUUAACUGAGGGACCAAUUGUUAAACAUUAUACAAUUUCAGAAACUGGUGAAUUGAGAAUUAUUAUUGGUUUUAAGAAAGGUUCUUCUCAUAGGUAUAAUUCAGCAUUAUCAACUUUAGUUAAAUAUUAUGGAUUAAAUAUUAAGAGAAAAUAUGUUGAAAAUUUCUCAAAUAAUUAUACAAUUAUUUCAAUGUAUUUGAAUUCAAAUCCAGAACUCGAAUCAACCUUGACCACUUUACAAUUGACUAAGGAAGCAUCUUUAUUAUAUUGUAUUCCAGAUAACAAAUUCUAUUCAAAAUUUGAAAAUGGUGAAUGGUCAAUUCAAGAAUGUAUUUAUGCCCAUUGUGGUGUUAUAUUUGCAACUCAUUUCUUGAAUAGAUCUGGUCCUGAAUUUCAACAAUUAAAGAAGAUCUUGUUAGAUUCUUCGAUUGUUAAUCCAAAGAAUGUCGAAUUGGUUUCUAAAAUCAAGGAGAGAUUUAAUUCAGAAACUUUUUCGGAAUCGUACAUUAUUGAGACUUUUAAUUCCAAUUCUGAAUUCAUUCAACAAUUAUAUAAGCAUUUUGUUGAUAAUCACUAUACAACUUCCUCAACUAAAAUGGUUAGAACUUUAUCCUAUCAAAGAACUUCUCAAAUUGAAGGUAUUGAAAAUGAUUCACAAUUUAAUGAAAAAAUCCAAGAUAUUAGUAAUGAUGGUUAUUCAACAGUUUUAAAAGUUUUAUAUUCUUUUAAUAAGUCCAUCUUGAAGACCAAUUUUUUCCAAACUUCUAAGAUUGCUCUAUCAUUUAGAUUGAAUCCUUCAUUUUUACCAGUUUCUGAAUAUCCAAACACACCUUUUGGUAUGUUUUUUAUCGUUGGUUCGGAAUUUAGAGGUUUCCAUAUUAGAUUUAGAGAUGUUGCUAGAGGAGGUAUCAGAAUUGUUUUAUCAAGAAAUGAAGAUUUCUAUUUGAAAAAUAUGAGGUCAUUAUUUGAUGAAAAUUAUAACUUGGCUUCAACACAACAAAAGAAAAAUAAGGAUAUACCAGAAGGUGGUUCAAAGGGUGUAAUUUUAAUCAAUCCAGGUUCUGCCCAAUUAAAACCAAAGGAAUGUUUUGUUAAAUAUAUCGAUUCUUUAUUAGACUUGUUAAUUUUGAAUGAUCCUACAAGAGAGAAGAUUGUUGAUUUCUAUGGUAAAAAUGAAAUGUUAUAUAUGGGACCAGAUGAAAAUACUGCCGGUUUUGUUGAUUGGGCAACUUUACAUGCUAAAAAGAGGGGUGCCAAGUUUGGAUUUCCAUGGAAGGCCUUCUUUACAGGUAAAUCUCCAACUAUUGGUGGUAUUCCACACGAUGAAUAUGGUAUGACCACAUUAUCUGUUAGGGCUUACACUGAGGGCGUCUAUAAGAAAUUGAAUAUUGAUGAUUGGUCAAAGAUCAAGAAAUUACAAAUGGGUGGAGGUGAUGGUGAUUUAGGUUCAAAUGAAAUCAAGUUAUCUGGCAAUGAGACCUAUAUUGGACUAGUUGAUGGGUUUGGUUGUAUUGUGGACGAAGAUGGUAUCGAUAAAAAUGAACUUUUGAGGUUGGCCAAUAAUAGAUUUGGUAAUAAUAAGUUUGAUAAAUCAAAAUUAGGCCCAAAAGGGUAUGCCAUUAUGGUUGAAGAUAAGGAUAUACAAUUACCUAAUGGUAAGAUUAUACAUUCCGGUAUUCAGUUUAGAAACAACUUUCAUUUGAAUUUGAAAGAAAUUUAUCCUCCAAAUUCUAUCAAUUUAUGGGUCCCAUGUGGUGGUAGACCAAAUUCAAUUGACGUAACAACUGUUCAAAGUUUAAUUGAUUCUAAAACCGGUAAGUCGAUUAUUCCUAUCAUUGUUGAAGGUGCCAAUUUGUUUAUCACACAAGCUGCCAAAUAUAUUUUGGAAGAUGCCGGUGCAAUCGUCUUAAAGGAUGCAUCUACAAAUAAGGGUGGUGUUACAUCUUCUUCUUUGGAAGUUUUGGCUGCAUUAUCGUUGAGUGACGAAGAAUUCCAAAAUAAAUUUUGUGUUGAUCCAGUUAACAAUUCAGUUCCAAGGUUUUAUCAGGACUAUGUUAAGGAAGUCCAAGAAAUUAUUAAAAUCAAUGCCGAUAAUGAGUUCAAUAUGUUGUGGAAGUUGAAACAAGAUACGAAGAAAUCCUUUGCAGAUUUGUCUGAUGAAUUGUCAAUUGCAAUCAACAAAUUGGGUGAUGAAUUAUCUUCCUCAAAGGAGUUGUGGGAAGAUGAUGUUGAAUUCCGUAACAUUGUCUUAAAAAACGCGUUACCAAAGUUAUUAUUGAAUGAAAUUGGUUUAGAUAGAAUAUUAGAAAGAGUACCAGAGUCUUACUUGAAGGCUAUUUUUGCUACAAAGUUGGCAUCUGAGUUUGUUUACACAAGAGGUAUUGAUGCAAACCCAGCAAAGUUCUUAGAAUUUGUUUCCUCUAUAAAGAGAAGCACCUGA